AUGUUCUUCACAUAAACUAAAUUUCAUAAACUGACUUCUUAGAAAGACUUAUUGGCUAAGAUAUAAGAGUUUGAAAUCAACAUCAAUUUUGAUUCUCCAAGAACCUAAAAAGCUUUGUUAAAAAUGAAUAAGACUAAAUAUGACUUUAGAAGGAAGUAUAAUAUUUUAUUGAUAUUCAAGAAAUAAGUUUGAAAAGCAUAAUGAGUUAGAAUAUAGAAAUAAAAGGAAUAAUAAAUCUUUGGAUUAACAGUCUCUUGAUUUCGAAUAUGAGACUUACUUAGAGUAAUUAUUAAGUAUUCGCAUAAAUGACAAUUAGAUGAUUACAUGGAACUGAAAGAACAAAGAAAACAAAUAAAAGAAUGGUUUUAAAAAAAAUAGUAAGAAGAAGAUGAAUUACGCGGUUACGAGCAUAUACCAUUUAAUAGCAUAAAUUCAGCAACUCAAUUUCAAUGUCAAACUAGAACAAUAGAUGAUAAAAUUGGCAAAAUCAAUUAAGAAAGAUAGAGACAAUUAAGUUUAAAUAAUGCUGAAGUUAAAGACGCAUUGCUAUUUGAAUUAGAUAGAAGAUAAUGGGAAUAAGAAACCUUGGAAAGAAGACAAAAAAAUGCAUAAAUAAGAUCGGCUAAAAUUAUGGAGAUUAAAAUGAAAGCUCAGGAAUAAAAUAAGAAAGCUAAAAAGAAAUGCGAAAUCUAGAAAAAGUUGAAAGAAGAAUAAAUAGAAGGGGACUUAGCUAAAGCAAAAGAAUUUUAGGAGAAAUUGAAUCAAAAGUACUUUUAUUAAGUAUACUUUAGAGAUUUCGAAAUAGCAACGAAGAAAUCUAAUGAAAUUAUGGAUAAGAUUGAGAAAAAUAAAAUAUUAGAAGAGAAGAUCCUAUUUAGAAAGUCAUUAUUAAAACAUGAGUAGUCUGAAACUCUAUUUUAGAAUAUGAGAAAAGAAACUCAAACUGAAGAAAAUAGAGUGAAAUCAGUAGAAAGACUUGUAAAAGAUAGGUAAGACAAAUAAUGGAGAUAUGAGUAAUAAUUAUUGAGAAUACAUGAAAAAAGUGCCUAAUCUAAAGCGAUUUGGGAGACCGAAUUGUGUAAUAAUUAUGGAAAGAAAAUGAUAUCUAUAGAAGAAUAGAAAAAGAAGAAUGAGGAUCUUAUGAAGUAGGAGGCUAAUAAAAUGUCUAAGGAGAGAAAAGAUAAAUUGAGGAAACAUUAAUAAAAUCUAGAAAUAGUCUAGGAAGAAGAAAAGUAUAUUUAACCCGUAUUUUAGCAUAGGCAAUGGUAAUUAAAAUUAUAGGAGAAAUUGUAAAAUAAAGAUGAGGUUUAAAAAAAACUUAGAAUCAGUAAACUAGAAGAAAUCAAACAAUUAAGAUAAUAAAAUGCUUAAAAUUAAAGAGAAUAUUGGUAUAAACUGGAAUUGAGAAAAAGAAAAUACGUAUAUCAGAUUUAUUAUCAUAAGUUUAGUUAAUAAGACUUGCUAUUGGUACGAUCCUUAAAUGCUUAAAAGAAAUUAGUGUAAUAAAAAAAUGAGUAAGAGAAGCUUCUAUUUUAUUUAUUGACUUCUAAGCAGAAGAUGAAUUCAGAAAUCAGUAAUAAAGAAUAAAAAAUCAAAUUAAUACAUCAAUAAUCAUCAACUUAACUAUUAGAGUAAGAAUUAAUCUUAUUACUAAAUAGAUAAUUGAAAGAGCUUGUUCCAGAGUCAGAAUUCAUCGAAUUACAGAAGCAGUAUAAACUAAUUAAAAAGCCUCAAACUGCAAAUCCAUAAACUACAAAUAAAUUAUGA